CCGGACGUGAACGUGUUCCAGCGCAAAUUCGUUAACGAAGUCAGGCGGUGCGAAGAAAUGGACCGAAAGCUCCGGUUUGUUGAGAAGGAGAUUAAAAAAGCAAAUAUUCCUAUCAUGGACACUGGUGAAAACCCAGAGGUGCCUUUUCCACGCGACAUGAUUGAUUUGGAGGCAAACUUUGAGAAAAUUGAAAAUGAGCUUAAGGAAAUCAACACAAACCAGGAAGCCCUGAAGAGAAACUUCUUGGAGCUGACAGAGUUAAAAUUUAUACUGCGUAAAACUCAGCAAUUUUUUGAUGAGAUGGCGGAUCCAGACCUGUUGGAGGAAUCCUCUUCACUCCUGGAACCAAGCGAGAUGGGAAGAGGUGCCCCACUGCGGCUUGGGUUUGUGGCUGGCGUGAUCAACCGUGAGCGCAUCCCCAUGUUUGAGCGCAUGCUGUGGCGCGUGUGCCGAGGGAACGUGUUCUUGCGCCAAGCAGAAAUUGAAAAUCCCCUGGAGGAUCCUGUAACGGGGGAUUAUGUGCACAAGUCUGUGUUUAUCAUCUUUUUCCAAGGUGACCAGUUGAAGAACAGAGUCAAGAAGAUAUGUGAAGGAUUCCGUGCCUCCCUCUACCCCUGCCCAGAAACACCGCAGGAGCGGAAAGAAAUGGCUUCUGGUGUCAAUACUAGAAUUGAUGAUCUUCAGAUGGUGCUGAACCAAACAGAGGAUCAUCGCCAAAGGGUUUUGCAGGCAGCUGCUAAAAAUAUCCGCGUCUGGUUCAUCAAAGUACGCAAGAUGAAGGCCAUCUACCACACCCUGAACCUGUGCAACAUCGAUGUGACACAGAAGUGCUUGAUUGCUGAAGUCUGGUGUCCUGUCGCUGACCUCGAUUCGAUCCAGUUUGCUCUCAGGAGGGGCACUGAGCACAGUGGAUCCACUGUGCCAUCUAUUUUAAACAGGAUGCAAACCAAUCAGACCCCACCAACGUACAACAAAACGAACAAGUUUACGGCUGGCUUUCAAAACAUCGUUGACGCUUACGGCAUUGGAACAUAUCGAGAAAUAAAUCCAGCACCCUAUACGAUCAUUACCUUCCCGUUCCUGUUUGCUGUGAUGUUUGGAGAUUUUGGCCAUGGAAUCCUGAUGACUCUGAUUGCUGUCUGGGUGGUGUUUAGGGAGAGUCGUUUUCUGUCGCAGAAGAGCGACAAUGAGAUGUUCAACAUGGUUUUUAAUGGUCGAUACAUCAUUCUGCUGAUGGGGCUGUUCUCCACUUACACAGGCCUCAUCUACAACGACUGCUUCUCCAAGUCUCUUAAUAUGUUCGGAUCAUCCUGGAGCGUCCGGCCGAUGUUCUCAAAAGGCAAUUGGUCAGAUGCCUUGCUCGAGACUACUCCUCUGCUUCAACUGAACCCUGCUAUUCCAGGGGUGUUUGGUGGACCCUACCCCUUUGGCAUUGACCCAAUCUGGAAUAUUGCCAGCAAUAAGCUGGCCUUCCUCAAUUCGUUUAAGAUGAAAAUGUCUGUGAUUCUUGGCAUUAUCCACAUGCUCUUUGGUGUCACAUUGAGUCUUCUCAACCAUAUCUAUUUUAAGAAGCCACUGAACAUAUACCUGGGAUUUAUUCCAGAAAUUAUUUUCAUGACGUCACUGUUUGGAUACCUUGUUAUUCUCAUUUUCUACAAGUGGACAGCCUAUGAUGCUCACACGUCAAAGGAUGCACCGAGCCUUCUAAUACAUUUUAUCAACAUGUUUCUGUUCUCCUAUGGUGACACCAGUAAUAAGAUGCUUUAUAAAGGGCAGCAAGGGCUCCAGUGUUUCCUGGUGGUGGUGGCGUUGCUGUGUGUGCCAUGGAUGCUGGUAGCUAAACCCCUGGUCCUUCGCCAUCAGUAUUUGAGGAGAAAGCACCUGGGAACGCACAACUUCGGCGGGAUCCGGGUGGGCAACGGCCCGACUGAGGAGGAUGCUGAGAUCAUUCAGCAUGACCAGCUUUCUACCCAUUCCGAGGAGGGGGAAGAGCCUACAGAGGAUGAGGUGUUCGACUUCGGCGACACCGUGGUGUACCAGGCCAUCCACACCAUCGAGUACUGCCUGGGCUGCAUUUCCAACACCGCCUCCUACUUGAGGCUCUGGGCUCUCAGCUUAGCCCACGCACAGCUCUCAGAGGUCCUCUGGACCAUGGUGAUCCACGUUGGCCUCAGCGUGAGGAGCCUGGGUGGAGCCUUUGGCCUCUUCUUCGUGUUUGCUGCAUUCGCUACCCUGACAGUAGCAAUUCUCCUGGUCAUGGAGGGCCUGUCUGCUUUUCUCCACGCUCUUCGCUUGCACUGGUGAGUUACUGGAACAU